AUGCCAUUGUGUCCAGAACACUUCACUCCACCAGGCAGCAAGACUCGUAAGCUAGCUACAACACUGCAUCCAAAAAUGAAUUAUGUAAUUCAUUAUAAGAACUUGGAACAGUGCUUGCAUCUCGGGAUGAAACUUGUUAAAGUUCAUCGAGUAUUAAAGUUUGCGCAGUCACCAUGGCUCAAACCUUACAUCGACAAGAACACCGAGUGUCGUAAAAAUGCUACCAAUGAGUUUGAAAAGAACUUUUUCAAGCUCAUGAACAACGCAGUGUUUGGUAAGACCAUGGAGAAUGUGCGUAAACACAAGGAUAUCAAGCUAGUGAACAAGUGGCUUGGUCGAUAUGGUGCAAAAAGUUUGAUUUCAAAAUCAAACUUUAACAGCUUCACGAUUUUCGGGGAAAAUCUAAUAAUAGUUGAGCUGAAUAAAUUGAAUGUUCUCUUCAAUAAACCGAUUUAUGUCGGUUUCAGUAUCCUGGACUUGUCAAAGAUCUUUGUAUAUGAUUUUCAUUACAAAUAUGUCAAGGAGAAUUUCGACAAUGACGCUGCAAAGCUGCUCUAUACCGACACGGACAGAUUUAUCUAUCACUUCAAAGUACCUGAUAUUUUUCAAGUCAUCAAACGUGAUAUACACAAGUUUGAUACUUCUGACUUCCCAAUCAACAACGAGUAUGGCAUGCUUCAAAAGAAUAAGAAGGUUCUUGGGCUCAUAAAGGACGAAAACAAUGGCAAAAUUGUGUCAGAGUUUAUCGGCCUCAGAGCAAAGCUGUACGCUUUCAAGCUGCAUGAAAAAAGUGAGGUGAAGAAGAGAGUCAAGGGAGUCAAGGGAUCAACGUUGCGAAUGAUUACGUUUGAUGACUUCAAGAAUUGCUUAUUAGAUCAUGUAAAUAUUUGUAAAGAGCAAUUCUUGAUAAGAAGUGAUAGACAUGUUGUAAAAAAAAUCAAGCAAAAUAAGCUUGCACCGAGCUGGGAUGAUGAUAAACGUCAACUGCUGGAAGACUCUACAGACACUCUUCCAUGGGGCUACAAGAAAGCCGAUGUAGAGCCACCAGCUAAGAGGAAAAAAAAUGUAAAUACUUAG